AAAGCCGCGAAGAUUUACCGGCGCGCCGUGGAGCUCGGCGACGUGGACGCAAUGAGAUUUCUUGGGGAAAUGUACGACGACGGUUUGGGCGUCAAGCUGGACAAGAAGAAGGCGGCGCGGCUGUAUCGCACCGCCGCAGACCGAGGCGACGCGAUCGCGCAAUGCCAUUUAGGGUUUUUACUUGAAUCUCAGGAGAAGCAUGAAGAAGCGUUCCGGUACUACGCGCUCUCGGCGGAUCAAGGCUAUACCGAUGGAGAGAACAACCUUGGCGCCUGUUACAUGGACGGAGAAGGCACGGAGGUCGACCUCGGCAAAGCCAGAUACUGGUUCGAGCGCGCCGCUGCCAAGGGCAUCAAGGAAGCUAUAGACAAUUACGUAUUUGGGACAUGUGUAAAAUUUUACCGCUGCGGUCUUUACGGCCUCGCGAAAUCCGAUAAGAAAGCCGCGAAGAUUUGGAAGCGCUCCGUGGAGCUCGGUGACGUGGAAGCGAUGGCAGAACUUGGGGGAUUGUACCACGAUGGAAGUGGCGUCAAGCUGGACGAGAAGAAGGCGGCGCGGCUGUAUCGUGCGGCUGCAGAUCGCGGCGACGCGGUCGCGCAAAACAACUUGGCGGCUUUCCUUCAUGCUGAGAAGAAAUUUGAAGAGUCGUUCCGGUACUUUUCGCUCGCGGCGAAUCAGGGCUAUACCUUUGCAGAGAACAGCAUUGGCAUGUGUUACGGGAACGGAACAGGCACGGAAGUCGACCUUGGCAAAGCCAGAUACUGGUUCGAGCGAGCCGCUGCCAAGGGCGACGAAACAGCUACAAGGAACCUCUCGGCCUUCGACGCGCGCGCGAGUAUAUAG